AUGGCAGACGAUGCGCCUCGCAAGCGGUCACGGUUCGACCAGACAGAACCUGAGCCACGAAAGACUUCGCGCUUCGACAGACGCUCCAGAUCUCCAUCGUCCCGACACAGCGAGUCUAGGAGAAGUCGCAGCCCGCUCGCAAAAGCUAGUCAGAGUCCCGCAGCGUCUGAGAAGCGCAGCACCCCGCUAGAUCCAGCUGCCGCCGCCGCUGCCGCUGCUGCAAAGAUCAAUGCGGAGCUGCAAGCCCGCAAGGGCAUUCAGCAUGUCGACGUCCCUCCAGUUCGAUCCUCACUCACUCCGACCCCUGCUCCUACUCCUGCGACUCCUUCCUCCGGUCAAAGCGCAGCCAAGGUUGACGGGGAGAUCUACAUUGCCGAUGGAGACUAUAUCAAGGACAUUGAGGUGAACGACCUGCGCAACCGCUACACUUUGACAAAGGGCUCUACGCAAAGGAUGAUCAAGGAAGAAACAGGAGCUGAUGUCACAACCCGCGGUUCCUACUAUCCGGAUAAGUCUAUGGCUACUGCAACGAAUCCACCUCUGUAUCUGCACGUCACCAGCACCACCAAGGCCGGGCUCGAGAAGGCUAUUGCGAAAAUAGAGGAGCUAAUGAAGCAAGAACUUCCCAAUCUGGUGGACGAAAGACGCUUUCGCCGCAGGGAACCGGAGCAAUUUGAACGAGAUGAAUUUGGCAGGAGAAAAUGGCCCGAAGAGCGGAUUCCCAUCGACAUGGAGAAUAUUCCCGGAUUCAACCUCCGCGCACAGGUCGUGGGUCAAGGCGGUGCCUACGUCAAACACAUCCAACAGGAGACGGGAUGUAGAGUCCAAAUCAAGGGCCGUGGAUCUGGCUUUAUGGAACACAGCACUGGACAAGAGUCGGAUGAGCCCAUGUAUCUCCAUGUUGCAGGACCUCAACCCGCUCAAGUUCAAAAGGCCAAAGAACUGUGUGAGGAUCUGCUUGCUAACGUCCGCGUGAACUUUGAGCACUUCAAAGCCAACCCGCCACCACCGAGAAUGGAGUCAUACACUGAUGGUUACGGAGCUGAUGCAAAUCGCAGUUCUUAUGGACACGGAAGAGACCGCGGUCGCGGCGACAACAGUUACUCGCAUGGCAGCAACAACUACAACUCCCCCUAUGCUGGAGUGUCAGCCACCCCUGCGCCUGGAACUGCUUCUUCACCCACAGAUUACGCCGCACAAUAUGCGCAGUACUAUGCCAGUCAACCUGGCGGUGAUCCUUACGCUGCCUAUGGUGGCUAUCAAAACUACGUUGCCUACUAUCAGUACUACCAACAGCAGGCCGCUGCCGCUCAACAGUCUCCACCACCACCGCCAUCAGGACCAGCAGAUAACAAUCCCCCGCCUCCUCCGGCUGAUAAUGGUGCUGCAGCACCUCCACCACCUCCUCCAUCUAGUGGCUACUCGGCGGUGCCGCCACCUCCAGGUUUAUGA